AUGGAGCAAAAGAAGAAGGACAUGAUUCGAAUUGAGCGUGAAUCCGUCAUCCCAAUUAUCAAGCCCAAAAUCAUCAUGACCUUGGCCAACCUCAUUGAACAUAGUUCUGAUCGGGCUGAGUUUUUAAAGCUCUGCAAGAGAGUUGAGUACACAAUUCGGGCUUGGUAUCUUCUACAGUUCGAGGAUUUGAUGCAACUUUACUCCCUCUUUGACCCUGUAAAUGGGGCUAAAAAACUGGAACAACAGAAUCUUCCUCCUAAAGAAAUUGAUGUACUUGAACAGAAUUUCCUGACGUACUUAUUUCAGGUGAUGGAAAAGAGCAAUUUCAAAAUAGCAAGCAAUGAGGAAAUUGAGGUUGCGCAUUCAGGGCAGUAUCUUCUAAAUCUACCAAUCGUGGUUGAUGAGUCUAAGCUUGACAAGAAGCUUUUGAAGAAUUUUUUUGAAAGGCGUCCUCAACCAAACCUUCCCGAUUUUUGUGAUAAGUACAUUAUCUUCCGACGGGGUGUUGGACUUGAUCAGACAACUGAUUACUUUUUCAUGGAGAAAGUAGACAUGAUCAUUGCACGCUUUUGGGCUUAUCUUUUACGAAUAACUAAGGUCGGAAAACUUUUAUCCAGAAGAUCAAGUGGAGAACCUAAGACAGAUCCAAAGAAGAAUGAGGAAAUUAGCUCUGAAGCAGAUGGAGAGGAUGAAGACUUACAUGUUGAACGAAUCCGUCUAGAAAACAUGGAACUAAGUGUUAAAAAUUUGUUGAGCAAGACCACGAUCAAAGAGCCAACCUUUGAUAGGAUGAUUGUUGUUUACAGGCGAGCAAGUACCAAAGCAAAAGAGGAACGAGGAAUAUAUGUGAAACAUUUCAGAAAUAUUCCAAUGGCUGAUAUGGAGAUAGUUCUUCCUGAGAAGAAGAACCCUGGGUUAACCCCAAUGGACUGGGUCAAGUUCCUUGGCUCUGCUGUAGUUGGGCUGGUUGCUGUUGUUGGUUCGAUUGAAAUGCCUAAAGCUGAUUUUUGGGUCAUUUUUGCAGUUCUUUCCACUGUGAUUGGUUACUGUGCUAAGAUAUACUUCACUUUUCAGCAGAACUUGGUAGCAUAUCAGAACUUAAUAACACAGUCCAUGUACGACAAACAACUCGAUAGCGGAAGGGGUACUCUUCUUCACUUGUGUGAUGAUGUGAUUCAACAGGAAGUCAAGGAGGUGAUAAUUGCUUUCUAUAUACUAAUGGAGCAAGGGAAAGCUACAACACAAGAUCUGGAUAGGUGGUGUGAGGAACUAAUUAAAGAAGAGUUCAACGCCAACUGUAAUUUUGAUGUGGAAGAUGCAGUUCAUAAGUUGAUGAAAUUAGGAAUUGUUGCUCAUGAUUCUGUUGGACGGUUCUACUGCGUUGGGCUGAAACGUGCUAAUGAGAUCAUCGGCACCACCACUGAGGAGCUUGUCCUUAAGGCAAAACAAGGUGAUACUUCUGCUCUCGAACAGCUCUAG